CCGAGCACAGCUGCCAGGUGAGACCAGCGGUGAACAUCAGCAACUAUCUGGCUGCACCGCUUAAUGCAAACCUCAGGCCGCUGCAGCUGAACAAACAAACAAAAAAACAUACAAGCCCAUAAAAAGCGAGCUGGUUCUGACCAAGCGGAUAUUGCUCUACAAAUGGAUAAUGGAGACUGGGGCCAUAGGAUGACAUCUCCUGUUACCUUGAACGUGGGAGGCCACAUGUACACCACCAGUUUAUCGACCCUGCAGCGUUAUCCAGACUCCAUGUUGGGCGCCAUGUUCCGGGGUGACUUCCCCACAACUCGAGAUUCCCAAGGGAAUUAUUUCAUCGAUCGCGAUGGUACACUUUUCAGGUACAUCCUUAACUUCCUACGGACGUCUGAGCUUACCCUUCCGGUGGACUUCACGGAGACAGACCUCCUGAGGAAAGAGGCGGACUUCUACCAGAUCGAACCUUUGAUCCAUUGCCUUAGCGAUCCCAAGCCGCUGUACCCUCCAGACAUCUUCGAGCAGGUAGUGGAGCUCUCUAGCACUCGGAAACUGUCAAAAUAUUCAAACCCGGUCGCUGUUAUCAUCACGCAGCUGACCAUAACCACAAAGGUUCACGCUCUACUUGAAGGCAUUUCCAACAACUUCACCAAGUGGAACAAACACAUGAUGGACACCAGAGACUGCCAGGUGUCCUUCACCUUCGGACCAUGUGACUAUCAUCAAGAGGUGUCCCUACGCGUUCACCUCAUGGACUACAUCAUGAAACAAGGCUUCAACAUCCGAAACACGCGUGUGCACCACAUGAGUGAGCGCGCCAACGAGAACACAGUGGAGCAUCACUGGACUUUCUGUAGACCAGCUCACAAAGUUGAAGACUGAGUUGCAGCACAGUUGUGGUGGACGACUGUUUGAUUUGUCAUAAUAUUACACAAAUCACGAUUUAAAAAAAAAAAAAAAAAAGAACAAAAUUGACCUUGGUUUCAGAAAUGUAUCACUAAUAAUGAUUUUUUUUUUGGAGGCUCAGUGUCCAUACAGAUGACAUAAGAAAAAUGAGUGUUUCAUCUGUUUGAGUGCAAGAGUGUUAUCUCAGUGAAACACUUUCUCAUCAAUGCCACCAUUUCAUAUUAGACAUUCCUUUAAAAGUAAAUGCUUCAUUGACGGUAUGAUGUACAAAACAAAAAAGAAGCAUUUCUAAUAAAGCCCAGUUUCUUUAUGGUGAAUUUAAAGUAGCUAGAUCUUUAAAAAUGAGUCUCUUAGCCUUCUGUUAUCUCUUUGUACGGUACUAUUCCUGGAGAACCUAGUAGCUUCUGCAUGUGUCUGAGUGUAUGUAUCUGUAUUUGCUGUGUGUGCUUUGCAGUGUUAUGUCAUACUGUUACACUUUAGAGCUCAUAUCAACAGUGAUGUGUUAGGUCAUUCCAGCCAAAUAAACCCAUUUGUGUAUUUGUCACUCAUUAA